UCCAUAGCUGUGUGCUACACGCACUCGGGACCACGUCCGUAUGUAAAGCUUGAAAUAAACUCCUGGAACAAUCUUCAGAGACUAUGCAAGUGUAACUUAUUCAAGAAUAGAUAUAUUUGACCACAGUUUCGCCGUACCUCGAUGAGAUAGUAAAGCGUAAAUAUUAAACUUCGAUUUUUAGUGUGACAGCAAUGGUCAUAUGAAUUGCCUAAACAUCAGUGAGAGAAAGAGAAGACAAAAAUUUGUAUGUUCUGUGCUAUGGAUCGGAAUAAACUGAUAACAGUAAUAACUUAUGUGAAAGAGUGAUUCACGGAAAUCAGGAAUGUGGUGUGGCAAGCAGUGCUCGGGGAUAUCUUAGAGAUCUGUGACUCAUCACCUCAGCUUACAGCUCCGUGAAGACUAACUUCCUAAGACGUAAAAACACGCAACAGCCAGAGUGGAAGGAGAACACAUGCUUUCUUCUUACGCUCUUUGCGAUAUCACAUGCUCACUGGUCUGGAUACUUACUCGUUGAAGACAUACAACUAGUGCUGCGAACUGAAGGCUCUAGACUUGAAUUCGGGAGGUGCUUGGUUCACAUAUCGACCGGAAUACUAGUUACACAGGUGUGAUGUCCAAUGUUGGCCAUAAGAAAAGCAAUUCUGACUGGGAGUUGACCACAAUGGAGAGACGCUACUCUGUCCCUCCUCCUGCAAACAAUGCUCCUGGCUCAACUGCAAGCCCGCAGGAUCCACAUCAUGCCAGAGGACAACCACCUGUAAAUCCAAUCGGUGGACCAUCAGCGUCUGAGGAUCUUCAUGCAUGGUCUAUCUAUAGGCAAAAUCUGAACUCUGAUUUCACGGAUUCUGCUCUUGGCUCAAGUGAGAAGUCUCCUCUUCCAUAUGGGAAUUUUCAGCUUAGGGAAUCCACUGUUCAGUCAAUACUCAGCCAUCCUCGAUAUGGACCAAAGUCAGCACUUGGAGCCAACAUGUAUACAUACCUCAAAUUUGGCUUGCCAAGAGUGUUCCCUCCAUCACGAGGACCCAGAGAUGGGUCCAGUGGGUACGAUUCAAGUGAUGAUGGUUCUCCAUACCUGCACAGACAGGGUCGUAAUUAUCUCCGAUCACGCAGUGAUCCAGAUUUUAGAAAUCAGCCCCUCCAUCGACCUUAUUCAGGGCAUGGACCAAGAGCCGGUCCACCAAUGGUAGUGGGUGCUGGACGAGGGGAUGGUUGGGUAAGGACCAAAAGUAACAGUGAAGCCAACCUGCUGUCUGUGCAGGAAGCUGCGUAUUUCAGACACCAACAGGAGCAGCACCGUAGAAGUGUUCACGAUCUCCGAGCUCUGCCAUAUUCUGAAAUGGAAGGGCAAGCUGGUUCACGCCGUAGAAUGUCUAAAGCUGGUUCCCAUGCGAGUCUCCCACAUAAUCGCCAGAGCUCAACGCUGCACCAUGGUGGAGCACCUGUUUCACCCAGGGACGAAGCUGUGGCAGCCAUGACACUCAACAGUCGGCUAGGUCCUGUUGCAGAGGCUUCCAUUGUACCAAGAGAAACUUAUUACACAGAGCAUAUUGACACUGCAUUCAAAUACCCACAUUUGCAGGUUCGUGGACUUGAAGUAGAGUCCCAGUCAAGCAGGCAGCUGAUUCUCCUGCAGGGAGUUUCAUUUGAAGUACACGGUGGUGAGAUCAUGGCUGUUAUGGCAACAGCAGAAGAAGAAGGCACAGGCCUCCUAGAUACACUGUCUGGCCGAUCAUCAAACAUCGGUAAACACCGUGGGGUUAUAUUGCUCAAUGGCCAGUCUGUUUCACCCAGUCAACUAAGGGAUAGAGUGGCAUAUGUACAAUGCGACAGUCGCUUGUCUCCGGACCUCAGUGUCAGACAGGCCCUCAGUCUUCACCACUGGCUCUGUCAUUCCAGUGGUCACCACAGCAAGCUCAACACUAAGGAUAGGAUUGAUGCUUUAAUUGAAGAUCUGGGGUUAGAUCAGGUUCGCCACACGAAAGUCUCUGGACUGACAACAUCUGAGAAACGUCGCUUGAAUGUAGCGUGUCACCUGCUACUUGAUACUGAUAUUGUAGUCUUGGAUCAGCCUACCAGAGGGAUGGAUAUAUUUGAUACGUUCUUCCUAGUUGAGUUUCUCCGUCAGUGGGCUGCUACUGCAGGAAGUAAUGGUCCAGCUGCUAUUACACCAAGUGGCAUCAGUGGAGGGAGAAUAGUGAUCUUGACUCUCCAUCCACCGACAUAUGAGAUCUUCACGAUGCUGUCACGUGUGGCACUGAUCUCUGCAGGUCGACUGAUGUUUAGUGGCCGCAGACGUGACAUGCUGCCAUACUUUGCCAUGGUGGACUAUCCUUGCCCAGCAUACAAGAAUCCAUCUGAUUACUAUUUGGAUCUUGUCACACUGGACGAUCUUUCUGCUGAAGCAAUGCUGGAGUCAAGUCAGAGAAUAGGGCAACUUGCCGAAACAUUCAGCCAAGCACAGGAGCCUCUCACAGAACCUGGACCACCUAUAGCAUUGCCGCCAAAGUUGAGACAAGCAAACUUCCUCACACAGUGCUUUAUUCUAAUUAUGCGAGCGUUAAUAUUAUCACAACCUAUUAGCUUAGUCCGCUGGCUGAAUCAACUGCUGUUAGCCGCUCUCAUGUCACUCAUUAUUGGUGCUAUCUGGUGGGAUGUUCCUGGCUCUGAUCCCCAGCUGAUAUAUGGUGAUCGACCAGGCUUCCAUUAUGUAAUGGCUACAUUAGCCCCAUGGCCUAUUUUGUUACUGGCACUGGGAGAAGUUGGCAGAGAGAGGUGGUCAGUGCAUCGGGAUAUUAGGGACCGAUUGUACUAUAGAAUUGUCUACAUAUUCACAAAGGUCUUGUACAACUUGCCGGCUUCUGUGUGUGUUUGGCUCGCAUAUUUGGUUCCGGCUUACUCCAUGACAGGCCUGCAUAUGCAAGGAAAUGAUGCGACAUCAUUCUAUACGUAUGUUGGCCUCAUGUUGGUAUACCUGCUGGCUCUACAGAUGUUAAUAACAGCCCUUGGGUAUCUGUUCAAAUGGAGACAUAUAGCUGCCAUAGUUACAGGCCUGAUAGUGACCUGUCUGGCUCUUGUAUCAGGACUACCAGUCCAUCCUGCAGACCUUGGUGUAUGGUGCAAAUGGCUGGGAAUAAUAUCUCCUGUCAAGUGGAUACUUCCUGUGCUGAUAGCCAGAGAAUACAGGCCCAGUGCUGUAGCGUCCAGUGCGGCACUGUGUAGAAACAAACAGGUCCAGCAUCAGGACAUCAUUGUGCAGUUAACGUGUACUCCGCCCAAUGGGACAGCAGCCCUGCAGUACCUUGGUCUGAGCCAGGACCCAAGGCAGCCAAACUAUAUGCCCCCACUAGCUGUAGCUGUAUUUUGGUUCCUGUGUCUUCUUGUAGCAGCCAGCUGUUUCCUCAUAUGCCGAUAUAAGCCACAGCUUCCCCGCAACAAUCCAAACAAGCCAUGAUGAAAUCAUAGGGCAUGGCUUGUGCCAGGGAAUGUUUCUGAAAAGGAGAGAAGAAAGCCACUGGAACAGAAUGAAAGACAUACAAGACUAGUGCAGUACAGAGAACUUAGAAGUGCAAUAUAGAAUAAAAAUUUCUAUAUUUAGGGACAUAAAAAUGCAAUCAAGUAAUAGAAGAACAAAAACCUGAAAGAAAUGUUCUGCUUGAUGUAGCAUUGGUUUUUAGCAGUAAUGUCCCUCUGAACAAUAUGCAUGUGUCAGGGACCACAGAGCCAUACAUAUCAAUAUUGAGCCAGUUUGAUAUAAUGAACACAUAUGUACCGCAAGAUAGGAUCAAAUAAAUAAGAUUAAUAUGACCUCCAGUAAUGGCAUACGAAUCAGUAACUGAUUACAUUUUGAAUUGAAUUUAAGACAAAAUUAUGAAUGCUGUUAUAUUUACAGAUGCCAAACAAGGUCUGAACUUCCACAUUGCAUUCACCUCCACAUUAUAUCAUACAGAUUUUGCUUACAUACUUCAUUUCAUGCUUGUCUCUUACUAGUUAUAAUAGCAAGACUAUUUUAUGUAUAAUUUUUGUUAAUUGCUGUAAAUUGGUAUCAGUUCAUACAGAGUUUCCUGUUACAGCUGGAUACCCCUGAAACUGGCUGAAAAAUGUCAGGCUUUAUAAUUAUUUAUUAAUUAAAGACUGGAUGCACUAGAAGGUAUUUGUUAUAUUGAACCUAAUUUAAGAUUGCAUCAGUAACAAUGAUGUGUAAUAAACUGAGCAGUGUAUUUGGAAAAAGAAAAUCGGCGUUU